GAAUAAAGUCAAAAUGGGUGAGUUCAUUGCAGAAAUGCAGGAGCGGCUAUUGCCGGAGUAUGAGCAAAUGAAGCACUAUCAAAUAUUUAGACCAGAACAAAUCAGAGAAUGUAUACGCAAACGAGAACGCUUACUGCUGAACAUAGCCAAAAACAAAAAGUCUAUGUCAGACUAUUUGGAAUUCAUAGUAUACGAGAAGACAAUGCAUAAAACAAUUACCGAAAAGGAAAAACUCGCCGGUAUAAAGCUGACUGGUCUCAAAGCCUCCACUUGCACGCGGAUAAUGCGAAUGUACAGGGAAAUGUUGGCUAAAUUUGGACACGAGCAGCGUCUGUGGGAGAAUUUCAUCAAGUUCAGUAAGAAGUCAGCGCCACAGGAAGUUGCUGGCAUAUACGAGAAGAUGCUUUCGUAUCAUGGUGGUGAUCCACAAAUUUGGAUCAAUGCCGCACUGUGGCUUUAUGAGUAUAAUCGUACCAAUAUGCCGCGCGUCCAGGAUAUACUGUUGCGUGGCCUCCAACGUCAUCCCGCGUCUGAGUCACUUAACAAUUGCUUCUUCAAUAUACAGUUAAAGGAGGCCGCAAUGGCGGACAACAAACGUACUUUGGGCGACAACACAGUCUCGGAGCAGGAUAUACAAAUGGAGCGUGUCGUUGCCGUCUAUCGAAACAGCCUGGCGAACAUCACGAACUUAGAUUACUUUCUGAAGCUGCUCGAGAGCUGUGAGGAUCAUGCAGAGCUUACUGCCAAGCUACAGCACCAUAUAAUUGAGGAUAUACAGACAAAGUUUUCACGUGAGCCUUCGCUAUGGGAUGCACUGGCGAAGCGUGAGCUGCGUGGCUAUCACUUAGGUGAUCUUAUGAAUAUGGCAGAAAACGAAGAUGACACUGAGCCGAGUGAGAAGAAGUCGCGCACGGACUCCCAAGUGAAAGUCUUUCAGACACGCUCGAAGAAGCGUUGCAUCGAACUGUGCGUGGAGGUCUACAAGGCGGCAGUACAACAGCUACAGACGCAGGAAAUAUGGAACUUAUAUCUGGACGCUAUGCUGGCGCUAAGUAGGAACCAUAAAUCCGAGCGCGCAUUCAUCCAGAAAUGCUUGGCGAAUGCACUGCAAGAUGGCCAUCAUUCUAAGCUGAUGCAUCCCCGGCAUUACGCUACGCUCAGCAUGAUAUUGGGUAGCAACGAAAACGGCGGAGAGACCUGUGUGCGCAUCCUAACCGAGGCACUGCAGCACGAUGAGUCGUUGCGCAUGCACGAGCUGCUACUAUCCGCACAUAUUCGGAACGACGAUGAACCCAGCGUUCACAAGUUGUUCAGUCAAGUGCGUCGUACGAUGGGCGCCGCCGGCCUAUCUCUCUGGCAGAUGGUGAUCGCCUAUUAUCGGGCGCGCAAUGAUAACCAGGCCAAGCGGCAGCUGAAUGACAUUUAUACACAGGCCUGCAAGGAGACCUGGCCGGAAUUCGCCGAUCUACGCUGCAGCUACUUACGCUACCUCUGGCACGAGCACUCGCAAGCCAAAGCCCGCGAUGAAUAUGCCAAGUUGGCGCAACAGCCGCCGAUGUCUCUGCAGCUGCAUCGCGAAAUGAUUAGCCUGAUAGAGAGUACCAAACUGAAAGAUUUAUCUACAAUUAAGGCGUGGCGCAUGUGCUACGAAUUCAUGACCACAUACUUUGGGAAGAAAGAGCCAAGCGUUUGGAUCGAGUACAUUGCCUUCGAGCGGGAUCAUGGCGAGGCCAAGAGCAUUGCUCUGCUUAGCCGGCGUGCCCUCUCCACGCUGGAGCCACAGUUUGUGUCUAUAUUCGAGGCGGAGCGUGCAAUGGCACACGUGGGCAUGGCCAUAACCAGAUAGUUAAGUUAACUUUAAUUUUUUUUAUUUUAGUUUUUAACUAUAAUUAUAAGUAAAGACACAAGUCUCAUAAAAACAUGAGUUUUUUAGUCGAAACUACUGAUAAUGUGGAACGAAAAUAAAACAAU